GGCGCGCGUUGGGACGGCUGCAUGUCGGGCGAGAGCGGGCGGCCGUCUAGCGAUGUCACGAGACUGGGCGGGGCGGGCCGUCUCCCGUCGGGUGUCCUGACGUCUGCCGUUAACGUGCCGUGCCGCCGCAUGCCAGUGUGUGAUGAGUGCACCGUUGUUUGUGACUAGAGAUUUACGCGCGAGACAUCACCGGGCCCCAAGUUGUUGCUGCUGCUGCUGCUGCUGGAGGAUAAGAUGGCUGCCGCUGGAGCCGCGGCUUUCCCUCGCUGGUUGGCUCCACAAGGGUGAAUUCGGACGUUUGGGCCUGUCGUUUACCUCCCGCCCUUGCCCCCGACUCUGACGAUAUGGACACAGUAUGGCCCCAGCACACCGGCACACCUCAGGGAGAAGUCUUGUUCUGUCGAUCCUCUGCCUCCAAGCUAUAUGUCUUCAGGUUACCAGUGAGUGUGACCAGACAUUCGUAAGCAGACCAGGAGGUCCAAUGAACGGCACCUUCCAAGCACCAGAGUUCGUCAAUCUUCGAGGACACUCGCGCCAGUGCAUUUACACUUUCUUGGCUGGUCUUGGCCAGCGUGUUGAGAUCGUCUUCACUUCGUUCAACCUCAGAGGGGCACCACCUGAUGGAGCUGCCGUGGGAGACCUCCCAGCCUGUGUCCAUGAGUACAUGGAUGUCUAUUCCGAAGUGGUCCAACCCGACGCCGCCGAGCUGAUCAACUCCCCGUUUGGUGGGCGGUACUGUGGACCCAUCAGACCCAGGAGAAGGGUCUCGCUGUACCGGGCCAUCGCGCUCGCCUUCUACACCGACAAGAACGUCUCAACGAGCGACCUCUUCACCGGCAGAUACGCAUUUAUCAAUGACUCGGAGUACGAGGUGGGUGUCCCGGUAGCGGGCAGCCCGUGCAGUUUCCUGGUGAAGGGCGGAGUGAAGCCUUCGGGAGUGAUUUUGUCGCCUACUUAUCCGGGCGCCUACCCCAAGGCCCUUUUUUGCAGCUAUCAGUUCCUCGGAGUGCCUGGUCAGCGGAUCCGCUUGGAAUUCCGAGAUUUCGAUCUCUUCUUCGGCGGUCCUCAUUGUCCGUUCGAUUACGUGAAGGUGUACGACGGUCAGGACAACAGUUCGGCUGUAAUAGGCACUUACUGCGGUCAGCAGCGCAAUCUCGUCAUCUACUCGUCCGAGUCUUCUCUUCUAGUUACGUUCGUCACCCUCCCACGCACUGCCAAUACUCAGAAUAGAGGCUUUAAGGGCAUCUUUGAGUUUUCAAACUCUUUUACCAAAUUAGACUUUAUAAGUAAAAACGACGGUGAACACAUACGUGGCACCGAGUGCGACCAGAAAAUCUUGAGCAAAAAGGAAUCCAGCGGGUUCGUGUUCAGUCCUAACUACCCGUUUCCCUACAUGCCCAAACUGGUCUGUCGUUACUUCAUCUACGGCAUGCAGGAUUCCCAACAUCUGGAACGAGUCAGACUCGAGUUCGUGAUGUUUGAAAUACCGAAAGGACCGAAAGGAGACUGCUCAGACGGUUAUUUAAAAAUCUACCUAAAAGGACAAGAAACGACAGACUCGUACGACAAAUUCGAUUACGAAAUGUGCGGCGAUGUGAGCAAACCUGCCGUUGUGGUAUCCGAUGGUCCUCGACUUGUCAUGGUCUUCAGUAGUGGGGAACUCAUGGGUCGGGGUUUUAAAGCAAACUACACAUUUGAGACUGAAUAUCGAAUUCCUGGAACGGCUGCCCCCGACGGCAGUUGCACGUUCACCUACCGCAGCGUUAGCAAGAAAAAAGGCGAAUUCAACUCGCCCAGAUACCCCUCCAAUUACCCCAGUGACACCAACUGCACCUACUCGUUUUUGGGCACCAAUAACGAGCAGGUGACUCUAGUUUUUGAUAAUUUCAAAGUUCGUGCCGACUCUGCGAAUUCUACGACUGGCUCCUAUGGAGCAUACGUAUGCCAAGAAGACUGGUUAGAAGUGUACAACAUUUACCGAGACGGCACGGAAAAAAUCGUCGGACGGUAUUGUGGGAUGACGGCUCCGGGACCCAUCGAGUCGAAUCGUGGUGCCAUGGGGUUGAAGAUUAUUCUGCAUGCGGAUUCCGAAGGCGUUUAUAGCGGGUUUAAGGCGCGGUAUAGUUUUGAAACGGCCAAGUCUAUUUUUGGGGAUUGUGGGGGAAAUGUGAGUAAUUUGGAUUCGGGGGUCAUCACCAGUCCCAAGUUUCCGGGGGAUUACGAGGGCCCUACGAAGGGCCUAUCGUCCAAAAGCUGCAACUGGUAUGUCAGCGUCAGGCCCGGAUACAAGAUUAUGCUCAAUUUUGAGAGGUUUGCCGUCGAAGGAGACCCCGUAGGCCGAGGAUGUCCAGCUGCCGUUCUAAGGCUCUGGACGGACUUAUCAACUGCGCCCAUUGAACUGUGCGGCGAGAAAUCACCGGGAGACAAAUGGCAAUACCUUUCCACCUCAAAUGCGGUUCGAUUUAGUUUUGUAACGGCGGACAAGGCUGUGGGAGCACAGGGUUUUAAGGUGGUGUGGACGGAGGUGCAGGAGGGGCCGAGCUGUGAAGAGUUUCAGUGCAAGAAAAACGAUUUCUGCAUUCCGGACAAACUGAGGUGCAACAUGGUCAACAACUGCGGAGCUGACGAUAAUUCUGAUGAAGCCGACUGCAUGGUGGAGGCGCCCCAGGAGGACCACACUCUGGUGUACGUGUGCGCCAUCGCCGCCAUCCUCUUCGUGCUGGUGACGCUGUGCGUGCUCUGUCACCGGAAGCGGCGGCGGCGUCGACGCGGCGUCCACCGCCCCCUGCAGCUGCCCGUCCCGUCGGCUGCCUCCAGACGGCCCCCGCACCACGUGUGCGAGGAGCUCGGCGAGCGCUACGCCAGCGUGGACAGUGUCUGAUGGUGGCUUCAACUCCUCGCACGGUUACUGCCGCCGCCAGCAAUACGCUCUCUUUACAGGGUCACUCGGACGCCGAGUUUACGGUUUUUCUAGUUAGCGAACUGAAGUUGUUUGUUACACUCAAUUCAUGUUGUUCGGACAAGGCCUCGGCGAACUAGGGGUCGCACAAUACACACGCUUUUGUAUUUGAUUAAGGGCUGCCCUGAGACGGGAACAUCGUCACACUAAGCUCAUGCACUUGGGGCAGUACUGGCAUCAUUCAUUUUCAAAUGAACAAGUACAUAUCCCUCAUUAAAACAUUGCUAUUUUUCACCACUCACACGCUACACGGGGGAACUCUACUUCGACAACAGCCCAAGUCUGUUAUACACUAUACAGGAUGUCUCACCUAAGACGUUCGAGCCUGAUAUCUCAAAUAUUUAUCAAUGGAUUUUUAUGAAAUUUAAAAUACAGUUAUUUUAGAAGGUGAAUUUUAAAAUCCAGUUAAUGCAACAACGUAAUUAAUUAUAUUAAAAAAAUUCAUCGUCAAUAAAAAAUGCUGUAAGAAAAAACCUAUCCUUGAAAGUUUGUUUUCCAUGAAAAAAAAUUGUUAAACGUGACUACAGAUGCAAAAGCGUAGAUUCCUAUGAAACAGAUGCGCACUACCACUGAAUUUUGGUCACCCCUACUGGCCAUCUAUUUUUCAGGGCUUAAUGAUCCAGUGGAAAUUUGGCAUAAUUUUAAAUAAAAGAAACGUGUUUUAGAAUUACAUUUAUUAAUUUGAGGUCAAUUUUUGCUCCUAAUUGAAAGACCACCUCUUAAAAUAUAUGCAUUCUAAAUUUCAUAACAAUCAGUUGACAAAUAAUUGAGAUAUUUUACGCGAAAGUCUUAAGUGAGACACGCUGUAUUAUGACUUCAUGACAUUAUGAUAGUGAAUCUUACAUUUUUUAGUUUGAAAUACGAAAUAGUUGUGACGUUAAAAACGGAAAAAACACAAAAUUCACAAUUGGAAAAAAACAAAACUAGAAUUAAUUUUUUUUUAAUAAAAGCAUUUGAACCAGAAUGAAAAAGUGUUAAUGUUAAUUGCAGCAAAAAGUAAAUAUCUGUCUCUUACUCUUAUUUGUAGGUAGGGACACGUACGAGUAUAUGAAUAAGAAUUCUAAAAUAGCUAAAAAAAAUAAAUCAAAAAUAAAUCUCGUACUUAGAUAUCGCUUAAGGCAUCUUUAAACAAGGAAAAAACAACUUCAAGUUUUUUUAUUAGCAUCCAAUUCUACACUAAAAUGUAGGUACACAUCAAUAAAAUUACAUUAAAUGCAAUAAGGCCUAACUGCAGUUAAGCCUAAUUUUUUUAUUUUAUUAUUGAUAGCGUAAAAUACAUCGUAAUCUGUUUGUAAUAUCUUGUUAUAUGUUUUUUUAAAUAGGUUUCAUUUUAAAGUAAAAAUUAUUUGCUAAAUACUGUGCGGUAAAAAUAAUUUUAUAAUUGGUGUCUUUUCAUCUAAACUAUGCAUAAACAGUGGUUAAUUUUUCUAGUUUUACUUCAUAAAUCUCAAUAACCAUCUAUUUUUUGCUUUUGUCAGUACUGCCUAAUUAAAUUCGUUUCAGUUAUUAAAGUGAAUGCAACAUAUUCCAUCCAGCACAAUUUUAGACUUAAAUUUUAAAGCUGAUUUUAGGGUACCAAAUUAAUAUUGUCAAUAUCAAAAGGUGUUUUUCUUUGUAAACAGCUGUAGAUAUGUUUAUGUCGCUAAAAUGUAGCAUAAUUGCAAAAAUAAAUAAUUCUCAUAUGUAUAUCUAUAAAAUUAUUAAUAUCUAAUAAGUAUUUAUUAAAUAAGAUAAUAAGAAAACGUGGCUGUGAAUUUUUUUACUACAUAACUUGCAUCUGGUUAACUCGUUAACUGGAACGUAACUCUUAACCCGAAGCAUCAAAAUAGUCUUAAUUUGUACGGUACUGUUAAUUUUUUCAUGACUUUAAUUGCCGCAAGUUAAUUAUUUAAAGCGUUGUUUUCUUAAAAAAUGAAACAAUAAAUUGAUAUUGUCGAUCGAUUUAAUUCAAAAAAAUAAAUACAAGAAAUUAGUACAGUUUUAAAAAAUGGAUAUUUACAGCUGUUUCAAAUGAAAAUGUUCGAAAUGGUUUAGUCACAAGACAAUAACUGAGUUUUUUCUGGUUGUUAUUUGGCGAUGCCGUCACAGGGCCGGCUUCAGUUGUUGGUUGGACAAUCACUAAGCUCAGUAUUGCUGACGGCUGGCCGGCAAACCGAACGGCCUCGGCAACCUGUGGAGUCAAUAAUAAAAAAACAACAGUCACUACACAAACCCACCCCGAAGAUAUUUUUUAACAAUGUCGAUAAUCCAAUAUUUAAACAAUAAUAGCAAUUAAAGCAAAUCACGUGGUUUAAUAAAGUAUAAAAAAGUAUAUAAAUGUUAGUGCGAUGUAUACGCAAGACGUAGUUAAAAAAUGAGUUAUUGUUCGUGAACUACGUGUUGGUGACGAAGGAAUGCAUCAGUUUGGACACAAGCUAAACCUAGAGACUUCAUUUAAUCGAAACAAAACGCAAAAUGAUCUAUUUUGUACGUCGAUAGGUUUUACGUUGAUCACAAGUUCGAUAUUUAUAUAAUAUACAUUUGCAAUAAUAGAUAGUUUUGCACUAAUUCGCACAAACAGAGCUAUUGAACUAUCGACGUUCAAAUUGUUAUAAACAAGAAUAUAAUGAAAACAGGUGCUCUAGAUUUUAUUUUUACAACGAAUAUCCAUCUUCCUGGCGCGUAGAUCUACAAGAUGGCAACGUAGGAUUCAGUGCGUGUGACAACUACUGCCGUGUUAGAUCAUUAUUGCUUUACCAGACUCGGGGACUUUCCCGGGCCCAUAAUUGUUCACAUGUUGUUAUUUAUAAUCAGAGACUGACGGUUCGGGUCACUCCGGCCGUGUGCCAGACACUCGUGCAAUUAGUUAUUAUUAUAAUCUAAUACAUAUUACUGACGAAUUGUACGCACUUUAUUUCAGAUGUCUUUCGGAAACAAUACUUUGAUGUAGCUAUAUUGUAUUGACAUGUAUUCAGAAUAUGCUCAGUUAAAUUGGGUCUGACUUGGUUUUCUAUUCGAUUUAGUACCAUCGAACCAUCUACACCUACCGGUACCAAAGUGUGACGUUUGGAGGCGGUAGAUGGCGCGUUCGUUUUGUAAAGUAUGUAAUUCUAUUGGCGUUAUUUGUAAGUUAUUUCUUAUUAUUGGGCUUCCUACAGACUUGUUCAAGUCUCGUUCGUAUCCAGUCUACCAUUAGUGCAAGCUGCUGCACAUAGACCGUCAUCUAUAAGACACUACAACGAUUGGAAGUCAUUGGUGAUUUAACUGAGUAUACACUACUUGAGAAACAUUUUGGUGUACCCUCGUGUCCGUGAUUCGUUCAAAUAACUGUAUAAUCACACCACACACCAAUCAUAGCUUGUAAGGUCUCAAAGAAGUCGAACUAUUUUUUUAGGUGCCAAAAUGUUUCUAGCCAUUGAGUGUAAAGUAUAACAUUUCCAUUGUGUUUGAUUGGCAUUGCAGAAAACGUUGUACUAAAAACUAGUUAAAUAUAGUCGUCUGGGCUGACGUAAAACAUGAUUGUAAAAAAUAUAUGUAAAAUAAAUAAAAUCGCCGGAAAUAACACAGUGAUUGUUAAUCUAUAUACUGCUGUUGUGUUUACGUUUCUCUAAUAAACACUUGUUUGUCCACUUCAGGUUUUUAAUUUCGUUGGCGACUUGUCAAGUCAAAGCAGAACACCAAGUACACGUACUGAUGAUUUGCUCCAAACAUUGUAAUUGUCUUCCCAAACGGUCAUUGUGUUUUUUCGCAAAUAAAUAAUCUGUACUUUAGGAUAGCUUAACGAAUUAUCCUAAUACUGCAACGUUGUCCGUUUGCCUUAUUUUUUUUCAAACGUCAUCCUGGUGAGCUGUGUCCCAAAAUGGCGCUCAUUGUCAGUCAGGUCACAGCUAACCGGGACCGUCCUUCUGUAAAGAAAGUAGUGGGUUUGGUUGGUUGCAGUAGCGUAUGCACUCAGUCUAAGUAGGCCUCGGCCAACACAUUGUUACUUAGGAUAAAACAUUAUUUUUAAAUAUUAUCCACUCGCGAUAGAUAUUAAAUAUUGUAUGUAUGUAUUCAUACAUAUGCAGUUGCCAAGUGACGGUGUUAGGUAAUUUAGUCACUGUCAUUCACAUAUAAUCACUCACAUCAGCCAACUGUCAAACAAUUUGCCUUAAACGUGACGUGGGGAGGGGGAAAAUGCCACUCUCCCUACUUUUGACAUUAAAGCAGCUAUUUUUUGGCAGUUGAGCCAACUGAGCACUGCGCGGCUUCCAUACUACCCACACCUGCAACUGCGUACGCGCACUUUGUUAUACAGAGUUGUAGAGACUCUAAAACAACCGCCAAAGACACGAAACGGCUUCAAUCAGUUGAAACGUUCCGAAAUUUCUCAUGCAACAUCCAAACCGAAGCCGAAUCGGUUCUUUGGUGGACAACAAACACUGCUUAACUAAUAGUUUUCGGAUCGGGAGAGUGAUUGUUGCUUUUUGUUUCUUUUUGGAAAACCUCCAAUCCGAAAAUUGUUGCUUAUUCAGGAACGACAAAUACACAGUGAUUGUAUUUCGAAUUCUCAUCUCCAUCAAUAUGUUAUUUGUUAAAUUAAAAAAGCUGUUAAGUACUGUUAAGUAUAAGGAUAAGAGGAGGUCGCAUUUUCUGUAACAUAAUGUAUCAAAAUGCUCACAGCGACUAGGCUCGACUAAAUAAAGAGUAUUCCACUGUAA